GGCGCGAGAAGUCGUAGAGCCGGGCUAGGAUGGUGCUGCAAAAUAGCGGACGGUUCAGAGCCGAACCCCGACGAGACGGGGACACCGAGAACCAGCAAGAUGAUGCAUCCUCAAGCUCCGCAGCGAAGCGUUUGGAACGCAGCCAGUGGACGGAUAAAAUUGACACUCAGUAUGGCUUUGAGAGAAUGCGGGAACCUGGAGAAAGAACAGGCUGGCUCCUCAAUAUGCAUCCGAAUGAAAUUCUUGAUGAGGACAAGCGACUCGUGAGCGCUGUGGAUUAUUACUUUAUCCAGGAGGAUGGGAGUCGAUUUAAAGUGGCGCUGCCGUAUAAGCCUUAUUUGUAUGUAGCUACUAAAAAGGGCUGUGAAAGGGAGGUCUCGUCUUUUCUUUCCAAGAAAUUUCAAGGGAAGCUGGUAAAACUGGAGACCAUUCCAAAAGAAGAUCUUGAUUUGCCAAAUCAUCUUGUGGGGCUGAAGCGAAAUUACAUAAAAUUGUAUUUCCACACUGUGGAUGACCUGGUUAAAGUGAGGAAAGAGAUUUUUCCUGCUGUGCGAAAGAAUAAGGAGCGGGAUCAUGCCAGUGACACUUACACAGCUAUGCUUUCUAGUGCUCUGGCGGGGAGCAAUGCGGCCGGAGAGGAAGAAGGUCCUUCUAAGAAGAUAUCUAAUCAGAUGGAGAAUAUAGUGGACAUAAGAGAGUAUGAUGUGCCAUACCACGUUCGACUUUCCAUUGACCUCAAGAUUCAUGUUGCUCACUGGUACAAUAUUAGAUAUCGUGGAGGCUCCUAUCCUCCAGAGAUCACAAGACGGGAUGACCUUGUGGAAAGGCCGGACCCAGUCGUUUUGGCAUUUGACAUUGAAACAACAAAGCUGCCUCUAAAGUUUCCUGAUGCUGAAACUGACCAAAUUAUGAUGAUCUCCUAUAUGAUUGAUGGACAGGGGUACCUGAUCACAAAUCGGGAGAUUGUAUCUGAAGACAUUGAGGAUUUUGAGUUCACUCCAAAACCAGAAUAUGAAGGACCUUUCUGUGUAUUUAAUGAACCGGAUGAGGCACAUCUGAUCCAGCGAUGGUUUGAACAUGUCCAGGAGACCAAGCCAAGCAUAAUUGUUACAUAUAACGGGGAUUUCUUUGACUGGCCUUUUGUAGAAACUCGAGCUGCAGUGCAUGGAAUGAGCAUGCUUCAAGAGAUUGGCUUCCAAAAAGACAGCCAGGGAGAGUAUAAGUCUCCAUCCUGCAUUCACAUGGAUUGUCUAAGGUGGGUGAAAAGAGACAGUUACCUCCCUGUUGGUAGCCACAAUUUGAAAGCUGCUGCUAAGGCCAAGCUGGGCUAUGACCCAGUGGAGCUUGACCCAGAGGAGAUGUGUAGGAUGGCUACCGAAGAGCCACAGGUCCUGGCAACAUACUCUGUGUCAGAUGCAGUUGCUACUUAUUACAUGUAUAUGAAGUAUGUUCACCCCUUCAUUUUUGCACUUUGUACCAUCAUCCCCAUGGAGCCAGAUGAGGUCUUGAGAAAAGGCUCAGGGACUCUUUGUGAGGCUCUGCUGAUGGUCCAGGCCUAUCAUGCAAACAUCAUUUUCCCCAAUAAACAAGAGGCUGUGUUCAACAAACUAACCAGUGAUGGCCAUGUUCUGGAUUCUGAGACAUAUGUUGGAGGCCAUGUGGAGGCGCUGGAGUCUGGUGUUUUCCGUAGCGACAUCCCAUGCCGCUUUAAAAUGAACCCAGCAGCCUUUGACUUCCUGCUGGAACGUGUAGAGUUGACCAUGCGCCAUGCUAUAGAAGAGGAGGAGAAAGUUCCACUGGAGCAAGUUACUAAUUUCCAGGAGGUCUGUGAUGAAAUAAAGAAGAAACUUACCAGUCUGAAGGAGGUGCCAAACAGAAUUGAGUGUCCUCUCAUUUACCAUCUGGAUGUGGGGGCAAUGUACCCCAAUAUUAUCCUUACGAACCGUCUCCAGCCCUCUGCUAUGGUGGAUGAAGUGACCUGUGCUGCCUGUGAUUUUAACAAGCCUGGAGCAACGUGCCAACGCAAGAUGACAUGGCAGUGGAGGGGGGAGUUAAUGCCUGCUAGUCGCAGUGAAUAUCAUCGAAUACAACAACAGCUGGAAUCAGAAAAAUUCCCUCCUCUCUUUCCUGGGAAGCCCCCGCGAGCAUUUCAUGAGCUGACACGAGAGGAGCAGGCCAAGUAUGAAAAGAAACGUCUGGCAGAUUACUGUCGGAAAGCUUACAAAAAGAUCCAUGUGACCAAGCUGGAGGAUAAAGUCACAACUAUCUGCCAGCGUGAGAAUUCCUUCUAUGUAGACACAGUUCGAGCUUUCAGAGAUCGUAGAUACGAGUUCAAAGGUCUGCACAAGGUAUGGAAGAAGAAAUUGUCUUCUGCAUGCGAGAGUGGCGAUGCUGCUGAGGUGAAGCGAUGCAAGAACAUGGAAAUCUUAUACGAAUCCCUGCAGCUUGCUCACAAGUGCAUUCUGAAUUCCUUCUACGGAUAUGUCAUGCGCAAAGGAGCACGCUGGUAUUCUAUGGAAAUGGCUGGAAUAGUCUGUUAUACAGGCGCCAACAUCAUCACUCAGGCACGGGAACUGAUAGAGCAAAUUGGACGGCCACUUGAAUUGGACACUGAUGGGAUCUGGUGUGUCCUCCCCAACAGCUUUCCUGAGAAUUUUGUUAUCAAAUCAACUAAUGCAAAAAAGCCCAAAGUGACAAUAUCCUACCCCGGUGCUAUGCUUAACAUUCUAGUUAAGGAGGGAUUUACAAACCAUCAAUACCAGGAACUGAGUGACCCAGCCACACUUACUUACAUCACUCGCUCCGAAAACAGUAUUUUCUUUGAGGUAGAUGGUCCCUACCUAGCCAUGAUCCUCCCUGCCUCCAAAGAGGAAGGGAAGAAGCUGAAAAAAAGGUAUGCAGUAUUUAAUGAGGACGGCUCCCUUGCUGAGCUAAAAGGAUUUGAGGUGAAGCGCCGUGGAGAGCUGCAACUAAUUAAGAUAUUCCAGUCCUCAGUGUUUGAGGCUUUCUUAAAGGGCAGUACAUUGGAGGAGGUCUAUGCAUCUGUGGCCAAGGUCGCCGAUUACUGGCUGGAUGUGUUGUACAGCAAGGCAGCUAAUAUGCCAGACUCUGAGCUAUUUGAGUUGAUCUCUGAAAACCGAUCCAUGUCCCGACGCUUGGAGGACUAUGGAGAGCAGAAAUCCACCUCUAUUAGCACUGCCAAACGUCUCGCAGAGUUCCUGGGAGACCAGAUGGUAAAGGACGCCGGCCUGAGCUGUCGUUAUGUCAUUUCUCGCAAACCUGAGGGUUCUCCAGUCACAGAGAGAGCCAUCCCUCUGGCAAUCUUCCAAGCUGAACUGGGAGUCAAGCGACACUAUCUGCGCAAGUGGCUGAAGAAUCCUUCCCUGCAGGACCUGGAUAUUCGAUCGAUUCUUGACUGGGACUACUACAUUGAGAGGUUGGGCAGCGCUAUUCAGAAGAUCAUCACUAUUCCAGCAGCGUUACAGCAGGUUAAGAAUCCUGUACCCCGUGUAAGGCAUCCAGACUGGCUUCACAAAAAACUGCUGGAGAAAAAUGAUAUUUACAAACAGAAGCGGAUUAACGAACUGUUCACCAGUGAGGGCAAGAGACAGGUCACAGCUCAGCUGCAUCAGCCACUGUCUUCCCAAACCCCAGACAUGGAGGAUUUUGGUGUAGGCAAACGCCUACAGCCAGCAAUUCCUAUCACUACGAAGAGGAAGCGUGUGCCAACCGCCGAGGAGAGUCAGGGCGACUCUCAGGAUGUGGCCCUCACGCAGUCCUGGAGAGAAGUGCUGGGACCACCUCCCCCAAUGGGUACCACAAAGGAAGAAAGACUGGUAUGGCUACGUUACCACAAAAAGAAGUGGGAACUGCAAGCACGGCAGCGUAAAGAAAGACAGAAGAGACGAAGACUAGAGGAUGGGGAUGCUGCUCCUGGAUCUGGUGGGGUGAUACGAGAAACCCAGGCAGCAGGUCUAGGUAGCUUUCUGCGACGAACGGCUCGCAGUAUCCUGGACAUGCCCUGGCAAAUUGUGCAGAUAGGGGAGAGCAGCCAGCCUGGACUUUUCCGUCUUUGGGCUGUCAUUGGCAGCGACUUGCAUUGCAUCAAAUUCAAUAUCCCUCGUGUCUUCUAUGUCAACCAGCGAGUUCCUAAACCAGAGGAAGGAGCUGUGUACAGAAAGGUGAAUAGGAUUCUGCCCAGAGCAAACCCAGUGUAUAAUCUCUAUGAAUAUUCAGUACCAGAAGACAUGUACCAAGAACACAUCAAUGAGAUCAAUGCUGACUUGUCAGCACCUGACAUUGAGGGAGUGUAUGAGACCCAGGUUCCCCUUUUGUUCCGUGCAUUGAUCCAGUUGGGAUGCGUUUGUAUGGUUAACAAGCAGCUGGUCCGCCAUCUCUCAGGAAGGGAAGCUGAAAUCUUUGAGCUUGAACACUUGGAAAUGAAGUCUUUGGCUCAGUACAGCUACCUUGAACCAGGAAGCAUCAGACAUAUAUAUUUGUAUCAUAAUUCUCAGGGGAACAAGGCCCUGUUUGGUCUUUUCAUCCCAUCUCAGCGUAAAUCGGCAGUCUUUGUGGUGGAUACGGUACGUAGCAAUCAGAUGCCAAACCUUAGCGCUAUGUAUACAGCAGAGCGUACAGCAAUGUUGGAGAGAUUGGAGUCUGAAUUGUUACCCCCAGAAAAGCACGUCUUUGAGGUUCGAGCAGAAACAGACUUAAAAUCUGUCUACAGAGCGAUCCAAAGAUUGCUCCUCAGUUACAAGGAUGAAAGAAGAGGACCAACCCUUAUUGCCAUGCAGUCUAACUGGGAUUGGCGGAGGUUGGCUUCAGGAAUGCCUGUUCUGGAGGAGUUUCCUAUUGUUCCGGUGCGUGUGGUAGAUGACAUAAACUAUAGUGUCCUCGACUGGCAACGCCAUGGAGCCAAGCGCAUGAUCCGUCAUUACCUUAAUUUGGACAGUUGCCUUUCCCAGGCAUUUGAGAUGGCCAGGUAUUAUCACCUCCCUGUGGGCAACUUGCCAGAUGAUGUAUCCACGUUUGGUUCCGACUUGUUCUUCUCGAGACAUCUUCGUCGACACAAUCACCUUCUAUGGCUAUCCCCAAGCUCCCGGCCUGAUCUAGGAGGCAAGGAAGCAGAUGACAACCGUUUAGUUAUGGAAUUUGACGAGAGGGCAUCUGUGGAGAUCAACCACCCUGGGUGCUUUAACACUGUGUGUGUGGAACUUGAUAUCCAGAGCUUGGCAGUGAACAGCAUCCUGCAGUCUCACCACAUUAAUGAUCUGGAAGGUGCUGGCAGUAUGGGAAUCAGUUUUGAUGUCCUACAGCAGGCAUCUCUUGAAGAUAUGGUCACUGGGAACCAAACCAGUUCUGUGGCCAGUUAUGAUGAAACAGCGCUUUGCUCCAACACUUUCAGGAUUCUGAAAAGUAUGGUUGUUGGCUGGGUGAAGGAGAUCACUCAGUAUCACAAUGCAUAUGCAGAUAAUCAGGUUAUGCACUUCUAUCGUUGGCUGAGAACCCCAUCUUCACUGCUUUAUGACCCUGCUCUUCAUCGAACCCUCCACAACAUGAUGAAAAAGCUGUUUCUUCAGCUGGUAGCAGAAUUCAAACGACUGGGCUCAUCUGUGGUUUAUGCUAACUUUAACCGCAUUAUCCUAUGCACCAAGAAGCGCAGAGUCGAUGAUGCUAUUGCUUACGUAGAAUACAUCACCCAGAGCAUACACUCACGGGAGAUCUUUCACUCGCUCACAAUUUCAUUUUCUCGAUGUUGGGAGUUCCUGCUGUGGAUGGAUCCAGCAAACUAUGGCGGGAUCAAAGGGAAGCUUCCAUCUAGUGUUCAUUAUGGAGAGAAAGCAAAGCCGAAGAAAUCUGAGGAUGAGGGUAGUGAGGAGGAGGAGGAGGAGGAGGAAGAAGCUGAUGUUCCUUCAGACCAUGAAGAUCCAGAAGAUGAAGUUGAAGAGUCUCUGGAGAACAACUGGAAUAUUGUCCAGUACCUUCCCCAGGCUGCCUCUUGCCAGAGUUACUUUCUGAUGAUAGUCUCUGCGUACGUUGUGGCUGUGUAUCACAGCAUGCGAGAGGAGAUGAGACGGAAUGCACCCGGGAGCACUCCAAUAAAACGCAGACAGAACAGCCAGGUUUCACAAGAGCCCGAGGGAGAGACAGGGGCCAUGCCAGGUCUGAUUACCUUUUCCCAGGAUUAUGUGGCUAACGAGUUAACGCAAAACUUUUUCACCAUCACCCAGAAGAUCCAAAAGAAAUUGACUGGGACACGUCAUGCCACUGAGCCCUCUGAAAUGUUCCCCGUUUUACCCGGGUCAUAUCUGCCGCUCAAUAACCCGGCCUUGGAGUUCAUCAAAUAUGUGUGUGAGGUCUUGUCUCUGGAUCCAAAUAUAACUAACCAGGUCAACAAACUGAAGAGGGAUCUCCUGCGGUUGAUUGAUGUGGGGGAGUUUUCGGAUGAGGCGCAGUUCAAAGAUCCUUGUCGUUCCUACAUUCUGCCAGAGGUUAUAUGCAGGAACUGUAACUUUUGUCGAGACCUUGAUUUAUGCAAGGACCCCUCCCUUGGUCAGGAUGGCUCUGUGCUUCCCCAGUGGGUUUGUACGAACUGCCAGACUGAGUAUGACUCUGAUGGCAUAGAGAUGGCUCUAGUAGAAGCUCUACAGAAGAAGAUGAUGGCUUUUACUUUACAAGAUUUGGUUUGCAUGAAGUGUAAGGGUGUCAAAGAAGCAAACAUGCCCAUAUACUGUAACUGUGCUGGAGACUUCAAUCUCACUAUUUCAGUAAAGACACUCAUGGAGCAAGUGGAUGCUUUUCGCAAUAUUGCCCAGCAUUAUAAAAUGCCCCACCUCCUGGAAACUAUUAUGUGGCUGAUGCAGCAAAACCCUACUUUAAAUAAAUGACACAAUCAACCCCUUGAUGAUGUCAUUCUGCACUGACAGCUGAACCUGGUCAGUAUCUGACCACCUCCCCUGCCUCUAAGUAACAUAUGUAUUUGUUUGCAAUAAAUAUUAUGUAAAAAUUCA